UCUAUACACCUGGGCAUCAGGCAAUCUUCCCCUGAUUGCACACACCUUGAAGCCGGCGGUGGUAUACCGUCAUCGGGUUUUGUGUUGCAUUCAUUAUUGUGAAAUAGUUUAGCUAGAUUAGAUAGAGUUCUGUUAUUUUUUAAAUUUCUACCAAAGUGCACCAUGGGACAGCACGUAUCCCGCACCGAUUUCGAAUGGACGUACACCGAGGAACCGCACGCAAGCCGGCGAAAACUGAUCCUGGAAAAGUAUCCCCAGAUUAAGAAGCUUUUCGGGUACGAUCCACAAUUCAAAUGGGUAGCGAGUGCGAUGGUCCUCACCCAGCUAGCGAUGCUGUUCGUCGUGCGGGAUCAAUCGUGGAAGAUGGUGUUCCUGCUAGCCUACUGUUUCGGGGGCGUAAUUAACCAUUCGCUAAUGCUGGCGUGCCAUGAAAUAGCUCACAAUCUUGCGUUUGGGCACGCGCGACCGAUGGCGAAUCGGUUGUUUGGCUUCUUUUGCAACCUUCCGAUCGGGUUACCGAUGUCCGUAUCGUUCAAGAAGUACCAUCUCGAGCACCACCGCUAUCAGGGUGACGAAGUGAUCGAUACCGAUCUGCCCACGUACCUCGAGGCGAAGCUGUUCUGCACGACAGUGGGCAAAUUUUUCUGGGUCUGUCUGCAGCCCCUGUUCUACAUCUUUCGGCCACUGGUUGUGAAUCCGAAACCGCCGCAAAGGCUGGAACUGGUAAACGGGGUCAUACAGCUCGCGUUCAACACGAUCAUUGUGCAGUAUUUCGGCUGGAAGGUGAUGGUUUAUCUGAUCGUCGGUUCGCUGCUGGCGAUGGGCCUGCACCCGGUGGCGGGCCACUUCAUCUCCGAACACUACAUGUUUGCGAAAGGGUUCGAAACCUACUCGUACUAUGGUCCGCUGAACUGGAUCACCUUUAACGUGGGGUACCACAACGAACAUCACGACUUUCCGGCCGUGCCCGGCCGGUUGCUGCCGGAAGUGAAGCGAAUUGCGCCCGAAUUCUACGACAACAUCCCGCAGCACACGUCCUGGACGCGGGUGCUGUACGAUUUCAUCACCGACCCAUCCAUCGGACCGUACGCUCGUAUCAAGCGUAAAGCACGCGGACUGGAUUCGUAAACCAGAUAUUACCAGGUCUUUAACGAGUAUAUUAAACAUCUUUUUUCCCGUUUGACAACGUGAGUGCGACGAAUGUGUGUACGUGCGUGCGUGCGUGUAUAGAACGAUAUAGAAUAUACAUUCUCUACAACAAAAAAAGGAUCUACCUUUCCUGCCAUGGGCAGAAACACACAAAGCAACAGGCAAAGGACAAAUUCAUACAACCGGUAGCCUAAAACGAAAUGGACUUUUUUGCUUAUAAGCAUUGAUACAAUGUUGAUUAGAUCGAUAACACCGCCGAGUGUACUGCGGAAACAAUUUGCUCUGGUGGGAGCAACAGGCACAUCGCAGCCAUCUAAAGCACCAUCACCAUGCACGCGAAAUGUAAAUCUUGAUUUUUUUUGGGAAGUUAAAAAACAGAAACAAACGACGGCACUAGCAGAAGUAUUAGCAAAUACAACAAUCGACUUAGCUAGUGUCGUCAGCGUGUGUUGUAAAUUACUUCUACUAACGAUAAUUUUUUCGUUUAUUUGAGCCUUUCUCUUACGGCCUUUGGUUCCGUAACACUCAAUCUAUUGCGCUUUUGUUAAUUAAACUACACACACACACCUUACUGAAGUUCUUUUCCGGUUGCAUUAAUAGAUAAACCAAAUAAAAAUGGCACUGAUAAAUGGCUAACAUUUAAGUGUAUGAUAAUGUAGGCUUAACGACACGUUCCUAAACGUUCGUUCAUUGCGGCUGCCGAUGAGCACAAUGAUUACAGUACAGGGAGCGAUGAAACAAAACCACGAGCACGUGUUAACGGAAAAUUGAGUUUUCCAUUGCCUUUGGUGUAUUUUUUAAAUAUAUACCCAUAAAUAUAUGUUGUGCUUUUCCCAUGUGCGUGAAAACAGUGCUUCACUCUCACGAGUUCAGUUGUUUGAAGCACGCAUUACUUAGAGUUUGAGAGGAUUUUUUUUAAAUACAUGUGUACACUAAGAAGCUGCAUGAUGGAUGUUGUUGCUUGCGAGAGCGGCCGACGAAGCCGCCUAACCUAUACUUGUACUAUACUGUGUCAAUAAAGCAAUGAUGAAAAGUGA